GCAAAAUAUCUAAACAAUAAAUAAAAUAAAAAACCAUAAGAGGAAAAAGCUUAACCCCUUAAAAUGGCAGUUCGUGUCGAAGCUACUACAAACACACUUGUCGUCUCUUCUCUCUCUCGCAGCUCUUCUCUAUUUUCAGCAAUCGCCUAUAAUAUUAGGUAAAGCUAAAAGGGUCUGAUUCGUUUGUUUUUUCACUGAAGAAUUUGGAAGGAAGUGAUUCCGUUGUGAAACAGAAAAGAAGUAUGGGUACUCACAUUGAUAUCAACAACUUAGGCGGCGAUACUUCUAGAGGGAAUGAGUCAAAGCCAUUGGCGAGGCAGUCUUCGUUAUAUUCCUUAACGUUUGAUGAGCUUCAGAGCACAUUAGGUGAGCCGGGGAAAGAUUUUGGGUCUAUGAAUAUGGAUGAGUUACUCAAGAACAUAUGGACUGCUGAGGAUACUCAAGCCUUUAUGACUACUACAUCUUCGGUUGCAGCCCCGGGACCUAGUGGUUUUGUUCCGGGAGGAAAUGGUUUACAGAGGCAAGGCUCCUUGACCUUGCCUAGAACGCUUAGUCAGAAGACUGUCGAUGAAGUCUGGAAAUACCUGAAUUCGAAAGAAGGUAGUAAUGGGAAUACUGGAACGGAUGCGCUUGAGAGGCAACAGACUUUAGGGGAAAUGACUCUGGAAGAUUUCUUACUCCGUGCUGGCGUUGUUAAAGAAGAUAAUACUCAGCAGAACGAAAACAGUAGUAGCGGGUUUUAUGCUAACAACGGUGCUGCUGGUUUGGAGUUUGGAUUUGGUCAGCCGAAUCAAAACAGCAUAUCGUUCAACGGGAACAAUAGUUCUAUGAUCAUGAAUCAAGCACCUGGUUUAGGCCUCAAAGUUGGUGGAACCAUGCAGCAGCAGCAGCAGCCACAUCAGCAGCAGUUGCAGCAGCCACAUCAGAGACUGCCUCCAACUAUCUUUCCAAAACAAGCGAAUGUAACAUUUGCGGCGCCUGUAAAUAUGGUCAACAGGGGUUUAUUUGAGACUAGCGCAGAUGGUCCAGCCAACAGUAAUAUGGGAGGAGCAGGGGGUACUGUUACAGCUACUUCUCCUGGGACGAGCAGUGCAGAAAACAAUACUUGGUCAUCACCAGUUCCUUACGUGUUUGGUCGGGGAAGAAGAAGCAAUACGGGCCUGGAGAAGGUUGUUGAGAGAAGGCAAAAGAGAAUGAUCAAGAAUCGGGAAUCCGCUGCUAGAUCAAGGGCUCGAAAACAGGCUUAUACCUUGGAACUGGAAGCUGAGAUUGAAAGUCUCAAGCUAGUGAAUCAAGAUUUGCAGAAGAAACAGGCUGAAAUAAUGAAAACCCAUAAUAGUGAGCUAAAGGAAUUUUCGAAGCAGCCUCCAUUGCUGGCCAAAAGACAAUGCUUGAGAAGAACCCUUACCGGUCCGUGGUAAGAAGGUGAAGUCAAAGCAAGAAGAACCUGCUAAUGUAAUACAGGACCACUCAAAAGGAAGACACUGGGAGAGUAAUAUGUAAUAGAAGAUAGUGCUACUGUACAGGAGAAAUUACAGAGACGCUUACAAUGUAGAAAUCUUUUGAGCUGAAUUUAACUAAGAGUGCAGUCUGUGUAGAGUAUGAGAGCUUUCAAUAUGAAUUCAUAAUUUUCAUAAACAUAUGUAAAACUUUCAGAUUUAGCUAUAGAGAAGAUGUGACUAACUCAGAAAGAAA